UUUUGGCCAUAGCAGCCGCGCGUGAUAUCCUUCCGCGGGAGUCAAGCGCGGCCCUUUCCCUCCCUACAACACAGGAUGAGAACAAGCAGCAUUGCUGCUUAAACACAUUAUUUCACGUUCGGCGUUUGGAAAAAGCGCAUAUCCAACGUAAAAUCGUGGGCUGCGGGAUAUUGGGCGUGUAUGUUUUUCUCACCGGCUUUCGUUGAGUUAUCCACGUUCCUCUUACAUCGGUUGAACACUGAAGAAAUAUAAUCCGGUUUGAGUUGUGCGCGGCAAUCUAGCUAGCUAGCGAGUACUUCUGUGUAGAGUGGUGGGGACAGAAUGGAGCUGAUAACAAUCCUCGAAAAAACUGUCUCUCCAGAUCGAAAUGAACUGGAGGCGGCACAGAAGUUUCUGGAGCAGGCGGCAAUAGAGAAUUUGCCUACGUUCCUGGUGGAGCUCUCCAAGGUUCUUGCCAACCCUGGCAAUACCCAGGUGGCCCGCGUGGCCGCUGGGCUACAGGUGAAGAACUCGCUCACCUCCAAGGACCCAGACGUGAAGACGCGCUACCAGCAGAGAUGGCUGGCCAUCGAAGCCAAUGCGCGGAGGGAGAUCAAGAACUUUGUUUUGCAGACCCUGGGCACGGAGACGUACCGGCCCAGCUCGGCCUCCCAGUGUGUGGCCGGCAUCGCCUGCGCGGAAAUCCCGGUCACCCAGUGGCCGGAGCUCAUCCCCCAGCUGGUGGCCAACGUGACAGACCCCAGCAGCACAGAGCACAUGAAGGAGUCCACCCUGGAGGCUAUCGGAUACAUUUGCCAGGACAUUGACCCUGAGCAGCUGCAGGACAAUGCCAACCAGAUCCUGACUGCCAUCAUUCAGGGCAUGAGGAAGGAGGAGCCCAGCAAUAACGUCAAGCUGGCCGCCACCAAUGCGCUGCUCAACUCCCUGGAGUUCACCAAGGCCAACUUCGACAAGGAGACGGAGAGGCACUUUAUAAUGCAGGUCGUCUGCGAGGCCACACAGUGCCCAGACACCCGAGUGAGUAUCGUACGUGUGGCAGCCCUGCAGAAUUUGGUGAAGAUCAUGUCCCUCUACUAUCAGUAUAUGGAGACAUACAUGGGGCCGGCACUGUUUGCGAUCACAAUAGAAGCCAUGAAAAGUGACAUUGACGAAGUUGCCUUACAAGGGAUUGAGUUCUGGUCAAACGUGUGCGACGAGGAAAUGGAUUUGGCCAUCGAGGCAACUGAGGCGUCGGAGCAGGGUCGUCCCCCGGAGCACACCAGCAAGUUCUAUGCCAAGGGGGCCUUGCAGUACCUGGUGCCCAUCCUCACCCAGACACUCACCAAGCAGGAUGAGAAUGACGACGAUGAUGACUGGAACCCAUGCAAGGCCGCGGGCGUCUGCCUGAUGCUGCUGGCCACGUGCUGCGAGGAUGACGUGGUGCCCCAUGUCCUGCCCUUCAUCAAGGAGCACAUCAAGCACCCCGACUGGCGCUACCGAGACGCCUCCGUCAUGGCCUUCGGCUCUAUCCUGGAGGGGCCCGAGCUCAACCAACUGAAGCCCCUGGUCAUCCAGGCAAUGCCCACGCUGAUCGAGCUGAUGAAGGACCCCAGCGUUGUGGUCAGAGACACCACUGCCUGGACGGUGGGCCGGAUAUGCGAGCUGCUGCCGGAGGCGGCCAUCAACGAGGUGUACCUGGCCCCCCUGCUGCAGUGCCUCAUCGAGGGCCUGGGGGCAGAGCCACGGGUCGCCUCCAACGUCUGCUGGGCCUUCUCCAGCCUUGCGGAGGCAGCCUACGAGGCCACUGAUGCGGCGGAGGAGCAGGAGGAGCCUGCCACUUACUGCCUCUCCUCCUCGUUUGAGCUCAUCGUCCAGAAGCUUCUAGAAACCACUGACAGGCCCGACGGUCACCAGAACAACCUGCGGAGCGCGGCCUACGAGGCCCUGAUGGAGAUUGUGAAGAACAGUGCCAAGGACUGCUACCCAGCCGUGCAGAAGACCACCCUGGUCAUCAUGGAGCGCUUGCAGCAGGUCCUGCAGAUGGAGUCACACAUACAGAGCACCUCAGACAGAAUCCAGUUCAACGACCUACAAUCUCUCCUCUGCGCCACCCUGCAGAAUGUUCUGCGGAAGGUACAGCACCAGGAUGCAUUGCAGAUCUCAGACGUGGUGAUGGCCUCUCUGCUCAGAAUGUUCCAGAGCACUGCCGGCUCGGGUGGCGUGCAGGAAGACGCCCUAAUGGCUGUGUCGACGCUGGUGGAAGUAUUGGGUGCUGACUUUCAGAAAUACAUGGAUGCCUUUAAACCCUUCCUGGGUAUUGGACUGAAGAAUUAUGCAGAAUAUCAGGUGUGCCUGGCUGCUGUAGGCCUGGUCUGUGACCUGUGCAGAGCCCUGAUGUCCAACAUCCUGCCUUACUGUGACGAGAUCAUGCAGCUCCUUCUGGAGAACCUGGGGAAUGAAAAUGUGCACCGGUCGGUGAAACCUCAGAUCCUGUCUGCGUUCGGGGACAUCGCCCUGGCUAUCGGAGGAGAGUUCAAGAAGUACUUGGAGAUUGUCCUGGACACCCUGCAGCAGGCUUCCCAGGCACAAGUUGACAAGACGGACUACGACAUGGUGGACUAUCUGAAUGAGCUCCGGGAGGGCUGUCUGGAGGCCUACACCGGGAUCAUCCAGGGCCUGAAGGGAGACCAGGAGAAUGUUCACCCUGAUGUGAUGCUGGUGCAGCCCAGGGUAGAAUUCAUACUGUCCUUCAUCCACCACAUCGCAGAGGAUGAGGACCACUCGGAUGGCGUUGUGGCCAAUGCUGCUGGACUCAUAGGAGACCUGUGCACAGCUUUUGGGAAGGACGUGAUGAAGCUGGUUGAAUUGCGACCCCUCAUCAAUGACCUGCUGACGGAGGGACGGAGGUCCAAGACCACCAAGACCAAGACGCUGGCCACGUGGGCCACCAAGGAGUUGCGCAAGCUGAAGAGCCAGGCCUGAUUUCAUGCUGGUUGGGGAUGAAAAAAAUAUACAAAGAACAAUGAAAAUGCCCCACUGGAAUUUCUUCUGUCUUUCGCGUGACGUCCGAGUUAAAGCAGAAGUGAAGCGUGCGCUGAGAUGAGUGUCUGAGAAUGUGAGAGCGAGUGAGAGAGUGCGAGAGCGAGGAUCGACAUCACACCACCUUCUGAGUACAAUUCCAGCAGUCGCCGGCAGACAAGCAGCGCCCCGACCCCACCCCCCACUUCCUUAGCACCCUCCCCUUUUUCUCUUUCGCAGCCACCUGUGGAUUGAAUCUGACUUGACGACAAGGACUGGACACACAAACUUGGAUCGCUGUAGCCGGCUAGUUCUAGAACUCCUCUGAAAAAAACAAUUAGUCCACAUCAGGAUCACCCGAGUAGGAAAUGAACUGCCAAAUGUGGUUUCUUUUUGGGAAAAAUGCAAACAUGAUAUGAAAGGACUUGACUAUUUUGCUCUUUGACUGAUCCGGGGAACACUUAAUACUUUUUUUUGGUUUAGGGGAGGUUCCUACAAGCACUAUAUGGUUGCAGACUUAAAAAAAUAAAUGAGUGGAGAUGGUCAAUUUUUAAGCAAACGAAUUGAGCCUGAAUCCAAAACGUGCAAAUGUUUGGGGUGAUGGGAACGCGCCCAAAGGAUCACUGCUGGAGUUGAAGGAAGACGAAACGAGGGGGACGAGCGCGUGGGUCUGUUCCCCCUCGUGUCCCACCACUAGCCUCUGGUACCCCCACGGCUCCCCUAGAGCUGCCAGGGCGGAGCUGGCCAGCGUGGAUAAUGGAGUGUCUGUAUGCGUGAUGGAGGGGAACUGCUGCCCCCCCCCCUCCCCCCUCCCCACUUAUUCAAAUAAAUAAUAAAUCUCAAAGCAACUUCAGUAAGAUAUUUGGGAUCCUGUUUUUGGGAGAGGGCACUGGGACUCUAGAUGACUUAUUGGUAGCACUUGAAUUGGCAAGGUGUUCUUCCUUUAUUUCCUGCUAGAGAAUCACCGACAAGAUGUCUCCCCCCUCCCCCCCCAAUGGCAUCAGUUAAUUUCUCUUCAGCGUGGGCUUCUAGAUGAACAGACCCUUCCUUGCCCUGUUAAGAAACAGAAUUGGUGAGGAUUAAAGUGUGUGGUUUUCAGAAGUGUUUCAGGAUCAGUCGGGGGCUAGGAAACCCUCAACAAAGCAAUUUGUUUGUGGUGUAACACUCUGACAUCUACGUAAUUUUAUGAUGAGCAAGGAGUAGAAAUUGAGUGCCAAAUUUAGACUACUCAGCAUAAAGGGCCGACUUGUGAAAACACAGUGUAAAAUAAAACAAGCAAACAAUUGCCUACAGGAGAAUGCAGUUGUAAGUCAAAUUAAACUACAAGAAUUGGGUUUUGCUUCUUCGACUGUUUGGGUUCCCAUUUGUUGGUUUCUUGCUGGACUUCGUUGGAUAAGGGUCACUCAACAAGCUUGUUAAAAUGAGAAUUGAAGACGUUUGUAUAAGGUUAUAUUUUUCCAUUGCUAUGAAGAAAACAUAAUAAUAAAAUGAUAUUAAACAUUCCCCAA